AUGCCACUUCUAGGCACAAGGUCCCCUCUACAGCUCCCUGGGCUGCUCAAAGCAGCUCAACUCCACAGUUGGAAAAACCAACUUUUCCCAGAGCCAGAGCUCUUCCCCCAGCUCCCCCCCUCCCAUAUUUGUAUAUAUUUCACGAGGAGAGCUGGGCUGAGUUUGUUCAUGAGCUGCAGUUCCUGGGCGGACCCCACGCACAGCUGGGUUCGCUGUGCCUGGAUCCGCCUUCCCAGCCUGCAGCCUCAUGAAUGUGGGGCUGUGGGCUUGACAUCGGAGAGGAAGAAGGAUGGACGGGUCAACACCCUGAAGCCAAGCUUCUGGAUCCAGAAAAUGGGUUGCUGGAGGAGACUGGGUCUGCUUUCCUUGCUGCUGCUGUCCUUCUCCUGCUGUGCCGGUGCACGCCGCAGCCUGAAGACCAACCUGUGCAAGUGGUGUGACUCCACGCCGCCAGCCUGUGAGCGGGAGGUGUGCUACAGCAACUGCAACCUCAACUCCUACUGCGAGGACCCCUUUGAGAUCUGCGUGGCCAUAUGGAGACAGGACAAUGACAGCAUCAGGAUCAGCACACUCUGCCACAACCCCCACCGCCCCAUAGAGAACCUCAUGGUCCCCAACUACAACACCUCGCGCUGCAUCAUGACCCACCAGCCCAGCGAGGAUGGCAUCAUCUACAUCUGCGGCUGUGUGGAUGAGCAGGAGUGCAACGAUAAGCUUAUCUUUGAAAAUCAUACUAAUGGCUACUCCAUGCUGCAGAGCAAGGAGGUCAUCCCAGUGGCCGCCAUCAGCCUCCUGCCACCGCUGCUGGUGGCGGUGAUGAUUACUGUCAUCUUCUAUCUCUGCCGCACGCAGAAGCAACGCAAGAGGGCCAAGAGCUGGGUUGGGAAGCAGGGCCAGGGUCCGGCACUGCAGGAGCCAGGCAGGGCUGCCGAGCGGGACGAGAAGCUGUCUGUGCUGAUGGAUGAUGGCCCGGCCGCCAUGAACCCCACCUGCGCCAACAGCCUCAACCACAACACUGAGCUGCUGCCCAUUGAGCUGGACGAGAUGGUGGGCAAGGGGCAGUUUGCGGAGGUGUGGAGGGCUAAGCUGAACCACAGCAGCUCAGGGCAGUAUGAAACAGUGGCGGUGAAGAUCUUUCCCUGUGAGGAGUAUUCUUCCUGGAAGAACGAGAGCCAGAUCUUCACGGACGCCAGCCUCAAGCAUGACAGUGUUCUGCAGUUCCUCACGGCUGAGGACAGGGGCUCCGGGCCACGCAGGGAGUACUGGCUCAUCACCGCCUACCACAGCAGGGGCAACCUCAAGGACUAUCUCUCCAGACACAUCCUGAGUUGGAUGGACCUGCAAAAAAUGGCAGGGUCACUGGUGAACGGGGUGGCCCACCUCCACAGUGAUUACACAGCCUGCGGCCGGCCAAAAAUCCCCAUUGCUCACCGGGACAUCAAAAGCACCAACAUCCUGGUGAAGAAUGAGCAGGAGUGUGUGAUCUGUGACUUCGGCAUUGCCAUACGCCUCGACCCCUCACUGACGGCAGAUGACUUUGCUAACAGCGGGCAGGUGGGCACUGCCAGGUACAUGGCCCCAGAGGUCUUGGAGUCCAGGGUGAACCUGGAAGAUCUGGAGUCUUUCAAGCAGAUGGAUGUCUAUUCCAUGGCCCUCGUUCUGUGGGAAAUGGCCUCCAGAUGUGAAGUGGUGGGAGAGGUAAAGAAUUACGAGCUGCCUUUUGGAUCAAAAGUGCAGGAGCAACCUUGUGUGGACACCAUGAGAGACAUUGUGCUGCAUGGCAGAGGGCGGCCUGAGAUCCCUAGCAGCUGGUUGGUGCACCAGGGGAUGCGCUUCCUGUGUGACACCAUCACGGAGUGCUGGGACCACGACCCUGAGGCUCGCCUCACCGCACACUGCGUGGCCGAGCGCUUCAACCUGAUGGCGCAGAUGGAUUGCGACGACAUCCUCAACAACAACACGGACAACGAGGUCGGCAAAACAGCCUCUGCGGGAGGGGAGCAGCAGGGCAAUGAUGGGAGCAGGAGCAUGCCGUGAUGCAGCAGCAGGGAGCCUCAGCAUGAGAGUCCCAGGAAAGGAACUACAAUAUAGUGCAUAACUUAUUUAUUACAUCUGUUUCCUCCCAGUGAUGGGCUGAACUGUGGAAUCAAUACUUUUUUUUUUUUUUUUUUUAAGUGCAACACUAUAUAUGAACUGAUUUUGUACUUACUUUAAGUGUAUAAUGGUGCAAAGCAUUUCUUCUAUUAUUUUUUAAAACAAUAACAUUUAACCUUUUAUUAA